GCCAGCUUUGCUUCGGGAAGGCUCAAACCACGGCAAUCAUCACCACUCGCUAGCACCGCCACCGAUCCCAAUCCUCGCUCCCUUCCUUCCAGAACCCUCCCCCCUCCGCUCGGACCCCCCCACCCACCUCCGCAUCGCAUCGCAUCUCAUCUCGUCUCGUCUCGUCGCCUGAGGGCGCGCGGGCGGCGCGAUGGUGGGGAACGACUGGAUCAACAGCUACCUGGAGGCCAUCCUGGACGCGGGGGGCGCCGCGGGGGAAAUCUCGGCCGCCUCCGCGGCGCCCGGGGGCUCCGCGGCGGAGAAGAGGCGGGACAAGUCGUCGCUCAUGCUGCGGGAGCGCGGCCGCUUCAACCCGGCGCGCUACUUCGUGGAGGAGGUCAUCUCCGGAUUCGACGAGACCGACCUCUACAAGACCUGGGUCCGCACGUCGGCGAUGAGGAGCCCGCAGGAGCGGAACACGCGGCUGGAGAACAUGUCCUGGAGGAUCUGGAACCUCGCCAGGAAGAAGAAGCAGAUUGAAGGUGAGGAAGCCUCCCGUUCAUCGAAGAAACGUCUUGAGCGUGAGAAGGCCCGUCGAGAUGCUGCUGCUGAUUUGUCUGAGGACCUAUCUGACGGAGAAAAAGGAGAACAUAUUAAUGAAUCAUCUAUUCACGCUGAGAGUACAAGGGGACACAUGCCAAGGAUAGGUUCAACUGAUGCUAUUGAUGUUUGGGCAAAUCAGCACAAAGAUAAAAAACUGUACAUAGUGCUAAUAAGCAUUCAUGGUCUUAUACGUGGUGAGAAUAUGGAGCUUGGGCGUGAUUCAGAUACAGGAGGCCAGGUCAAAUAUGUUGUAGAGCUUGCUAGGGCGUUAGGUGAAACACCUGGAGUAUAUAGAGUGGAUCUGCUGACAAGGCAGAUUUCUGCACCUGAUGUUGAUUGGAGUUAUGGGGAACCUACAGAGAUGCUGAGUCCAAGAAAUUCAGAGAAUCUUGGGGAUGACAUGGGUGAAAGCAGUGGUGCUUAUAUUGUCAGGAUACCAUUUGGGCCAAGAGAAAAGUAUAUCCCUAAAGAGCAGCUCUGGCCCCACAUCCAGGAAUUUGUUGAUGGUGCACUUGUCCAUAUCAUGCAGAUGUCCAAGGUUCUUGGAGAACAAGUUGGCAAUGGCCAGCCAGUAUGGCCUGUUGUUAUCCAUGGACACUAUGCUGAUGCAGGCGAUUCUGCUGCUUUAUUAUCUGGGGCACUCAAUGUGCCAAUGGUCUUCACAGGUCAUUCUCUUGGCAGAGACAAGUUGGAGCAACUUUUAAAGCAAGGUCGUCAAACCAGGGAUGAAAUAGAUGCAACAUACAAGAUAAUGCGUCGGAUUGAGGCUGAGGAACUUUGUCUUGAUGCAUCUGAAAUUGUAAUCACAAGCACUAGGCAAGAGAUAGAUAAACAAUGGGGAUUAUAUAAUGGAUUUGAUGUAAUUAUGGAGAGGAAACUUAGAGCCAGAAUAAAGCGUGGUGUUAGCUGCUAUGGUCGUGAAAUGCCCCGUAUGAUUCCAAUUCCUCCCGGUAUGGAGUUCAGCCAUAUAGUGCCUCAUGAUGUUGAUCUUGAUAGUGAAGAAGCGAAUGAAGUUGGCUCAGAUUCACCAGAUCCACCUGUUUGGGCCGAUAUAAUGCGCUUCUUCUCGAACCCUCGCAAGCCCAUGAUUCUCGCUCUUGCUCGUCCAGAUCCCAAGAAGAACAUCACUACGCUGGUUAAGGCAUUUGGUGAACACCAUGAGCUGAGAAAUUUAGCAAACCUUACAUUGAUCAUGGGUAACCGUGAUGUUAUUGAUGAAAUGUCAAGCACAAAUGGAGCUGUUUUGACAUCAGUACUCAAGUUAAUUGACAAGUAUGAUCUAUAUGGGCAAGUGGCAUACCCCAAGCACCAUAAGCAAUCUGAAGUUCCAGAUAUUUAUCGUUUAGCGGCAAGAACAAAGGGGGUGUUUAUUAACUGUGCUUAUAUUGAACCAUUUGGGCUCACCUUGAUUGAGGCUGCUGCUUAUGGUCUACCUAUGGUUGCUACCCAAAAUGGUGGGCCUGUUGAUAUACACCGGGUUCUUGACAAUGGCAUUCUUGUUGAUCCCCACAAUCAAAAUGAUAUAGCUGAGGCACUUUAUAGACUUGUUUCUGACAAGCAAUUGUGGGCAAAAUGCCGUCAGAAUGGUCUGGAUAAUAUCCAUCGAUUUUCUUGGCCUGAACAUUGCAAGAACUAUUUGUCACGGGUUGGUACGCUCAAGUCUAGACAUCCACAAUGGCAAAAGAGUGAUGAUGCUACUGAAGUUUCUGAAACUGAUUCACCUGGUGACUCUUUGAGGGAUAUUCAUGAUAUAUCACUUAACUUGAAGAUUUCCUUGGACAGUGAAAAAUCAGGCAGCAUGUCAAAAUAUGGAAGGAGUUCAACCAGUGAUAGGAGAAACCUUGAGGAUGCUGUACAAAAAUUUUCAGAAGCUGUUAGUGCUGGCACAAAGGAUGAGUCUGGUGAGAAAGCUGGGGCCACCACAGGCUCCACUAAAUGGCCAUCUCUGCGAAGGAGAAAGCACAUCGUUGUUAUUGCUGUAGAUUCUGUGCAAGAUGCGGACUUGGUUCAGAUUAUCAAAAACAUUUUUCAGGCUUCAAGCAAAGAAAAAUCAUCUGGCGCUCUUGGUUUUGUAUUGUCAACAUCUCGAGCAGCAUCAGAGAUACAUCCUUUGUUAACAUCUGGGGGCAUAGAAAUUACUGAUUUUGAUGCCUUCAUAUGCAGCAGUGGCAGUGAUCUUUGCUAUCCAUCUUCAAAUUCAGAAGACAUGCUUAGCCCUGCCGAGCUUCCGUUUAUGAUCGAUCUUGAUUAUCACUCUCAGAUUCAAUAUCGUUGGGGAGGAGAAGGUUUAAGGAAGACACUGAUUCGUUGGGCGGCAGAAAAGAAUAGCGAGAGUGGACAAGAAGCAGUUGUUGAAGAUGACGAAUGUUCAUCCACUUACUGCAUUUCAUUUAAAGUGAAGAAUACUGAGGCUGUCCCUCCUGUGAAGGAUCUUAGGAAGACAAUGAGAAUUCAAGCAUUGCGCUGUCAUGUAUUGUACAGCCAUGAUGGCAGCAAGUUGAACUUUAUACCUGUUCUAGCAUCACGAUCCCAAGCGCUAAGGUACUUGUAUAUAAGGUGGGGGGUAGAGCUGUCGAACAUGACGGUGGUUGUCGGUGAAAGCGGCGAUACAGAUUAUGAAGGGCUACUCGGAGGCGUGCAGAAGACCAUCAUACUCAAAGGCUCAUUUAAUUCCGCACCAAACCAGCUUCAUGCCGCCAGAAGCUAUUCGCUAGAGGAUGUCGUAUCGUUUGACAAGCCAGGAAUUGCUUCCGUCGACGGUUACGCCCCAGAUAUCCUAAAAUCAGCUCUACAACAAUUUGGUGCCCUGGAGGGCUAGAAUCACCAGCUUUGUCAGAGUCAGCAGAGGAAUAAAGUAGGUGUGUGGAGGCACACUUUUGCUAUGGGGUCGCACACGAGACACGGCAGCCUCUUCCCGUGCCUGGUAUCUGGCAAGGGCGCGACCGUGGCGGCAAUCGAGCACAAGGGUGCAGCUUGCAUGCUCGGUUUACCCCUUCAGAUUUUGCGACCUGCAUUCCAUUUUCAACGCAUGGUGAAAUUGUUCAUAGGUUCCAAAUAAAUCCAGUUAGUUUUGAACUAUGGUCAUAAAGCGUGUGCUGUAGGGAAUGAAGUACCCUGUUGUUUGGAAACCAUAUACCCAACAAUGUGCAUGCAUCACUACAAACAAUUAGCAUCUCCAAGGAUCUGGCGCGAGCAAUCUUUAUUUAGUGGGUUAUGUACAAUUUCCUUGCCA